AUGGUCAACCCCGGUGGCGGAACUGGAGGCGGAGAUGUGCCGGCGUUUCAAUGGCACAUUAUCAAAAGCGAUGUUCCCUUUGAGCUCUUGGCCGUCCAGGCCGCGCUGGGCUGUCUGUCCACGCCAAGCACUCCCUGUCUCACACACUCGCUGUCGAAUGUCACCCAGGAGAGCUUCGGCUCCGAUAAUCUGUCUCUUUCCUCCGCAUCCUCCAUGUCGGACUGCUCGCAUUUGUUGGCCUCUUCAGUUUCGGAGGCCGACGGCCCCCCUGCCGGGCUGCCCCUGCUCAUUGUGGACACCAUGCGUCUGACACACCAUAUUUCGCACUUCGGAAUAGCCGACGCGGUCGAGACUGCUGCGAAGCUGAGGGCCCACCGCACCUACAUCCUAGGAUUUACCCAUGGCGUCACACACAAGUGUUGGCAGGCCGCAUGCGAGCUCAUCAGCAAAACCAGCAACACAGGACUCCAGGCGACGCUCGAUCCAUCUCCCACUUUCCCAGAGGACAUCGACCUGGGAAACAAUCCCCCGAGAUUCUCGCAGCAAGCCCUGGCAUUGUGCCAAGAUCACAUCAGAGAGGCUCCCCUGUGGAUUCGCCCGGCAUUUGACGGACUGGUUAUCUCCACUGAUGGCGUAAAAAUCACCGACAAUUUCCAUCCUUGA